CCUUUAAAUGGGAAAGCAGCCAGCGGAAGAGAAAAAAGAAAUUUUGUGAUUCAAAGCACGGUUUUACUGUCAUCUCUCUGCGCCUACUCUACAACACACACUGAGUCAUAAUCCAGCGGUGGGGAAUCAAGGUUCCUGUGUAAUGGGUAAACACUCAUCAGCGGUCUGACUGAGGUCACUCACCUGGCCUGCAGUGUCCACUCUGCAUGAAUCACCCCCUAAAGGCAGGAGAUUUACAGUCUGAUGUACAUGUACACUUUAUUAAAACAUUAUAUCAGCUCCUAACUGACAUUUUUCACUCUACACUCUCCUCUCCCUAUUAUCUAUUAUCUCUGUCUAAGAUCUGGUCACAACCAGGCAGCCACUCCCUCCUGGGGAUCGAUACCCUGCACUGACCGAGGCAUAUUUGCCCUCUGGACCCCACAAGUGUGUGCCAGCAGACACCCACGCUUCACACACCGCUGCAGAGUCUCUCUGCUCCUCGCCCCACCACCAACACCUCAGGCUGGAGUCAGCAGACCACCCAAGGGCUGAGGAGAGUGCACACUGGGAGGCCUGGGUGGGUGAAUGCACUGAGGGAUGGCUGUGUUUUGGAAAGCAAUGGCAGGUGGACUGCUGCUCACUUUGAGCCUCACUCUCCUGGGAUGGGGAGUCGAGGGGCAGGGGAAUGGACGGGGCAAGAAACAAGUAUCAGGAGGGACGACCGUCUACCUUGGCCAGGACAGAGACAUCUGGAGGCCACUGAUCCACACAACAGUAAACCUCAGUGAGAUCAGCAGUAUCAAGUCAUCCUUUCAAUUACGGACGUUUGACCCAGAAGGUGCCGUUUUCUACGGAGACACCAAAAACGGGGACGACUGGUUUGUUUUGUCCCUGAUAAAUGGCAUCCCCUUGAUGCAGAUCAGCAACGGAGACGUUCUCAUCAGCGUGGAAGGCGGCCCCAAGAUCAAUGAUGGAAAAUGGCACACACUGGAGGUAAGCAACCACAAAAAGUUUGUGAUUCUGGAGGUGGACAGCUCCGAUAGGCUGGUGGUGGGCCUGCAGUCCGAACAGACAGAAGAGGUGAUUUCAGGGAAACUCCGACUGGCUCUUGGUGGGAUCCUGAUCAACAAGGAACGGAUGAUUGUUCAGUUUGAGCCGCAGAUGGACGGCUGUGUGCGGGAAGGCAGCUGGCUAAACCUCAGCGUCCCCUGGGAGGCAGAGGCGGAGGAGCUCUGGCCCUGCUAUCAAAACGUCCAACCUGGCAGCUUCUUCCCUGGCACUGGAUUUGCCAUUUUUAACACCUCAGUUUUCCACAUUGAGGCAGAUCUUGGGGUCAAGACUGAACUGUGGGGAGAUUUUAGUGAGAUGGAUGGGACCAUUUUGAGCCUCAAGGCUCCUGGGCAAGAGCUUAUGUUCGCUUUAGUGGCCAAUAAUAACACAAAGGAGGUCACACUCACUUUCGGCAAAGAAAAAAUCAGUUUGAAAGACACUUUGAAGAGACUGGUGAUAAACUUUCACACAGAUUUUCUGCAAGUGCUUCAAGAUGAAGAUGAAUCUAAGAUGAUUACGUUACUUAUCAGUCCCGUGAGCCACCCUGGUUAUCUGACCACAUGGAGAGAGGGUAAUCUCGCCAUUGGAGGUCUACUAGGUGAGGACGACGUUGGCUCCCAUUUCUUGACAGGCUGUCUGGAGAAGAUCCAGGUUCAAGAAAAGGAUUUGGAUCUGGAUUUAGCUGUCAAACACAUGUCAAUCUCUUCUUACAGCUGCCCUGCAUAAACCAUGAAAGUAUGCAUGUUCAAUAUGUGGACUCAGUGUUUGCAGUGGAUGGCCUUGGGCCCAAAUGACAUAAAAAAAUACAAUGUGUGUAAAGUGCUUAAUUGUAAAUAAAAUGAAAGAGAGCAUAAUGAUACCCUAAAACAACUAUAUUUUCUUAUUAUAAUUUUGUAGUUGUAUGUGGUAUUUGCACUAAUUUACCCCUAAAAUGUGAAGAAUUUACCAUAAAAUAUGAAUGUGUUAUAAAUUUCUCUCCCACUGCCCUCAUUUUAAUAGACUAUGCUGAAUAAUCUGAGAAAUGUGACCAUGGUAAGUACACCAGUAUGUUUGUAAAUA